AUGAAGGCCCUCGUUCUCACACCCGCAACUAAAGACGUCUCUGUUCAAGAGCUUCCCAUUCCCCAACCCCGUGACGGCGAAGUCCUGAUUCGUGUUCAUGCCGUGGCUCUCAACCCGGUAGACGCCAUCUACGCCGUGCACCCCAUUGCGGAACAAGAUCAACGCAUCAUUGGAACAGAUUUUGCCGGUAUCAUUACUUCUGUUGGGCCUAAUCUUGAAUCCUUGUCCGAUCUCCGUACCAAAAUCGGCACCCGUGUAGCAGGAUUCCAUCAGGGCGCUUGCUCUACAAAUGAUCGUCCAGGAGCGUUUGCCGAGUACAUCACUGCCCCAUAUGACCUGUUGUGGUCGGUGCCGGAUAGCAUGUCGCUCGAGGCUGCUUCGGCCGUUAGCAUGUGUGGAUUGACAGCCGCUCAAGGAGUCUUUAGUCGUCUCGGCCUCCCCUGUCCAUUUGAUGGUCAAGUCAAUUCCUCUGUGGGCACCGCGAAUGAUGUUACCAAUGUACUCAUCUACAGCGCCUCCACCUCUCUUGGCCUAUACGCAGCCCAGCUAGUCCAGCUUUCAGCUCGCGCUUCUGGUCGCAAAAUCCGUCUCAUAGGCGCAGCGAGUGCUUCCAAGCAUGAUUUCCUUCGCAAAGCCCCGUAUAAUUACGACGUGCUGGUUGACUACCGCGACCCCAACUGGGUUGAAAAAGUGAAAGAGGCCACAGAGGGCAAAGGUAUCGACCGGGCUGUGGACAGCAUUUCUGAGGGAGAGAGCGUGUACAGUGUUAACAACACCUUGAAUGACAAUGCAAAAAUGGCCGUAUUUCGUGGACCCAAGGGCGGGCAAUAUGAUCCCUCAGAGUUGCGCGUGAAGCCCAUCUACGGCGCCGUGUGGGAAGGAUUGGGUCAUGAGAUUGGUUAUAACGGUGCGAUUAUUGCCGCUAAUCCCGAUGCCCGCGUGUUUGCCACAAAGUUCUUCAACUUCCUGAGCACGGCGGCGGCGGAUGGCAAGGUGAAGCUGGAGCCUAAUCCUUUACGACUUAUGCCGGGAGGACUGGAGAGGAUCGUGCCGGAUGGUUUUGAGCUCUUGGGUAGUGGCAUGGUGUCAAAGAGAUCAGAUACAAGCCGUAAUGAGGACUAUAUGCGGCCAAUCAGCGGGGAGAAGAUGGUGUAUAAAAUUCUUGGCGAAUGA